AUAGAGGUAGUGCCAGGGGUGGCAGUACAAGGGCUUCAACCGGUUAUGGCCGAAGCGGAGCCACCCGUGGACCGGGAACAGCGGCCACGCCCGGCAGCAGCGGAGCGCGCGGUGGUCGCGCUAGAAACAGCUGGGGCAACUCACGGGUGCACUGGGUGGUUGAAGAUGGCCAGCUGGACCAGGAGGAGAUACCGUUUGGGGUAAACGAAGGCAGCGAGGAACCCAUUUACCAAAUGAGCCUCGACAAAUACAAACCGGCAUAAAGAAAUAUUCGAUGGGGCUUUGGGUGCGUUCACCGGCGGACGGGCUCGGCUGCACGUGCGGCCGGACGCGACGCCCGUGUUCUGCCGCGCGCGCCCCCUGCCCUACGCGCUGAAGGGCCGCGUCGACGCUGAGCUCGACGCCAUGCUGCGCGCCGACGUCAUCGAGCCGGUGGAGCACUCGGACUGGGCCACGCCAUUGGUAAUCGUAAAUAAACCGGACGGAUCGUUACGGUUGUGCGCGGAUUACAAAUCCACUUUGAAUCGCGUUUUGUUAGUAGAUAAAUUUCCGAUUCCAAAAAUUGAAGACCUGUUUACCCAGCUUAGCGGUAGUAGGUAUUUUACUAAGCUAGACUUAUCACAGGCCUACAAUCAAAUUAUAUUGGAAGAUGACGGCUCUAGAGAUUUAACGGUAAUUAAUACGCACCGGGGAUUGUUUAGGUAUAAGCGUUUAGUAUAUGGUCUCGCAUCUAGCCCGGGUAUAUUCCAAAGAAUUAUGAGUAACCUUUUGAAAGAUAUCCCUAACGUGACUUUCUUUUUAGAUGAUAUUUUGAUAACUGGGGAUACUUUAAAUUCACAUUUAGGUAGCCUUCAGCAGGUACUAGAGAAAUUGAGUAAAUAUGGUUUAAGGAUAAAAAAACAAAAGUGUUCCUUUCUAGUACAAGAGGUCAAAUACUUGGGAUUUGUUAUUGAUAAAAAUGGGGUUAGGGUAGACGAAGACAAAAUUAGACCGAUUUUAACAAUGACGCGACCUAGGAAUGUUUCUGAACUCAAGUCGUUUAUCGGUAUGGUAAUUUUUUAUGGCAAAUUCAUACAAAACCUUAGUGAAAUUUUAGCGCCAUUAUAUGAAUUAUUAAGAAAACAAAGGCGGUGGACGUGGUCGGUCGAACAGGAUAGGGCAUUUAACAAGGUAAAAAAAUUGUUGAGCGAAGCGCCUGUUUUAGGUCAUUAUGACCCGGAACGGGAACUGGUUGUCACCUGUGACGCAGGACCCUACGGAGUAGGUGCCGUGCUGGACAUGCGCGGGCGCGCGCGCGGGGCGCCCGACACUGUCAUUGCCUACGCCUCGCGAGCGCUUACACCGGCCGAGCGCAACUACAGUCAAAUACACAAAGAGGCACUUUCUAUUAUAUUUUCAGUCAAAAAGUUUCAUCAAUUCUUGUAUGGUAGGCGGUUCACGCUGAAGACCGACCACAAACCCCUCGUAAGCAUAUUUGGACCGGGUCAUGGUAUACCUAGUAUGACUGCGAGUCGGUUGCAGCGUUGGGCCUUGAUAUUAUCGGCGUACGAUUUUGAUAUAGAGUACGUAAAAUCGGAUGAUAACACAGCGGACGCUCUUUCGCGACUUAUAGCGGCACACAAGUUGGCGGGUCCCGUGAACGAGGACGGUCCGGAACAAACAUAUUUACAUUUUGCGACUGAGGCGAUGCUUUUGGAUUAUAAUGCGAUAAGUAAAGAAACUCGCAACGAUGUAUUACUGGGUAGAAUUGUUAGUUACAUCAGGGACGGCUGGCCCCAAGAGACAGAUAUAAAAGAACUAAAACCUUUUUUUAAUCGUAAAUCGGAACUGUAUACUGAGCUUGAUUGCGUCAUGUGGGGUCAUAGGGUGGUGGUGCCGACGGCAUGUCGCGAGCGAGUUUUGCGAGAGUUGCACGAUUCGCACAUGGGGAUCGUAAAGACUAAAGCGCUGGCGCGUAGUUAUGUGUGGUGGCCCGGCCUGGACGAGGCCGUGGAGGCCAUGUGCCACGCCUGUCCCGUGUGCGCCGCGGUAGCAGCGGCGCCCCCGCGCCACGCACCCUGCCCCUGGCCCUACCCCAGUCGUCCUUGGGCUAGGAUUCAUUUGGAUUUCUUAGGUCCAGUAGCUGGAGUUAAGUACUUAGUACUUGUAGAUGCGUAUUCCAAAUGGAUAGAAAUAUCAGAAAUGUCAAGUACAACGGCUAAAAUAGUAAUCCAAAAACUAAGAGAAUACUUUGCUAGGUUCGGCUUGCCUAAACAGAUAGUGAGUGAUAAUGGUCCUCCUUUUUCGAGUGAUGAAUUUAGGGUCUUUUGUUCAAAUAAUAAAAUAGAACAACUUUUUUCAUCACCGUACCACCCGGCCUCUAAUGGAGCAGCGGAAAACGCAGUCAAGUUGUGUAAGCGCGUAAUUAAAAAAGCGAUAAUGCAGAAUAUUAAUUCAGAGACUGCCUUAAAUAGAUUCCUAUUAAUGUAUCGUAAUACCCCUCAUAAUACCACGGGCGAAAGUCCUGCGAAGGUUCUCUUAGGUCGAGCGGUGCGUACCCGGUUAGAUUGCCUUAAACCUGAUCGCGAACAGAGGGUUACCGAUCUUCAACGCCGCCAACGGGACGCGGCGGGAGGAACGCAGCGAGCGUUCGAUGUAGGCGAUUUGGUAUGGUAUAGACGGUACAAUGUAGGGAGCUCGCAGAGCAAGUGGGAAGCUGGACAGGUACUGGAACGGAAAGGGGAAACCGAUUAUACGAUAGCUAGUUCAUUAGGAGUUACUCAUCGGCAUAUAGAUCAACUAAGAAAACGCGAUUCAAAUAGUAAAGUCCAGGACUCGCGAUCGCGUAAUAUGGCGCUUAGUUAUCCACCGGCUCAGACGCCUUUGUUGGUCCCAAGCGAGGAGGCGUCGAGUUCAGGGUCGGCGGAGAGUGGAAACAGCGAAAUAAACAAUCUGCCAGGGGACGCGCGGGCAGAGUCGGAGUCAAACCCGGCGCCGCGGCCCGACCCGGACUCCGCCGCUGAGCGCACGCGGCCCGAUCGUUUGAGACCCGUUGUGAAUCCACCUCGACGUUUCGGGUUUGAGGACAUAUUUUAAUGAAGCUCCUUUGUUUUUAGUAAUUAAGUAUUCGUAUGUAAUUUGUGCUCAUUAUAGGUAAGGUAAAUGUCCUUCCUCAUAGUAAAUAUUAAUUAUAAAUAGGUAUAAAUAAGUAAUUGCUUAACAUGUGUACUGAUAAUAUAGUUUUAUAUAAGACAACUAUGUGUCAACGUUCUUAUGUCAUUAACACAAAAUAUAAUUUUGCCUAGCUUGUAAUAAUAAGUGAUUCAUUGCACUGGUAGGCUAAACUCUUAUUCUUGUACCUACUAUAAACAAUAAGGAAAACUUAUUAAUUUAACCGUACUGUUGCACCUGCAACCAAUGUAAACAACUAAGAUUUAUAUCUAACUAAGGGUAUACUUACAUGUAUACGUAUGUACCUACGAAAUUACUUAGUGUCGUAAGUUAGAAAAUAAGGGUGGAGGUGUUAGGUAUUAGAUAUGGGGUAGAUACAGAUUUAUAUAAAUGUACUUGAAGGUGGGUUUUAGCUAGGCCGUUCAGUCUGCGAAUAUACGCACUACGCAUCA